AUGACGGAAUUAGCCGCUGACAAAUUGCUUGUCCCAGGACGAGUAUCUGUAGAGGUAGAUGCGAAACUUUCUUUUGAUACCGAAGCAACGAUCGCCAAGGCUAGGCACAUUAUUUCACUUUUCAAGGAAAGUGGUAUUGAUAAGUCUCGAGUAAUGAUCAAGAUUCCCUCAAAUUGGGAAGGAAUUCAAGCCGCAAAGAUACUUGAAAAAGAAGGAAUUCAAUGCAAUAUGACAUUAAUAUUUUCAUUCGUUCAGGCUGCUGCAUGUGCAGAAGCUGGUGUAACAAUAAUCUCACCGUAUGCUGGUAGAAUUCUCGAUUGGUACACGAAAAAUACCAAUAAAACAUUUAAAUCUUACGAAGAUCCGGGUGUCAUAUCUGUGACCCAAAUUUAUAACUAUUAUAAAAAACACGGAUAUAAAACUGCCAUAAUGGGAGCAAGCUUUCGUAACACCGAAGAAAUUGAAGAGUUAGUUGCACGUUAUUAUUGUUUGGACUCAAAAAAAGUUAUUUAUGACGAGAAAUCAUUCAAGUGGAUGCUUAAUGAAGAUGCAAUGGCUUCUGAAAAACUUUCUGAAGGCAUUAGGCUAUUUGCUAAAGAUAGUAGAACUUUAAUGUGUAUGUUAAAGCAGCGUUUGAAUAAUGAUGAUGCUAUGGCUAAUGAAAAUAUUGAAUUAUUCUCGAGGUCUUAUCAUGAGGUUGAAGUAUCUAGCUAA